AUGGGGAGCAAAAAAAGAACUUCAAGUUUGGUAGAGGAAGCUAAUGAGGUAGUGGGUGUGGAAGAAGAAAAUGCACUCGCAAACCCCAUCAAGAAGAAAAUGAAGAAGGGUAAGGAGAAGAGUGGUGAUAGGGCAUAUGGGGGUGUUCCUACUGCUUCUAUUCCGUCCGCAGGAACUAAUUCAAUCAAAAUUAUGGAAAGAAAGAAGCAGAGGAAAACAUUGGACAAACUGCGUCACCGUGGUUCUUCGGAUGCGAAUGCACAAGAAAAGCCGAAACUAAUGGAUGUGGAUUCUAAAGUUGAUGAAACAAGCGGACAAAUGGUGGCUUCCUCGAGCAAUGCAGUCCCUGUUUUCCACAUAGAUGUUUUUAAGGAUUUGGCAUCUGCUGAUGCUUCUUCAAGAGAAGCUGCUGUAGAAAGACUAGUGGCAGAAUUGCAAGAGGUUCACAGAGCUUACAAGGGAAGUAAGGAGUUAUUUGAAAGUGGUUCGGACUUGGAAGCUGAAAAGGAUGAUGGGUUGAAAGAUUGUGCACCAUCUGUCAGAUAUGCUGUCAGGAGGCUUAUACGCGGCACUUCAUCAUCUAGGGAGUGUGCCAGACAGGGUUUUGCAUUAGGAUUGACUCUGUUGGUUUGCACAAUUUCUUCAAUCAAAGUUGACUCAUUGCUGAAAUUGAUUGUUGAGACAUUAGAAGUUUCUGCAUCAAUGAAGGGCCAGGAAGUAAAAGAUUGUCUUUUAGGUAGAUUAUUUUCAUAUGGCGCUCUUGCUCGAUCAGGGAUACUCAAUGAGUUGUGUGUGUCGGAUCCAAACACUCCAGUAAUCAAGGAGUUUGUGAGUGUUCUUCUGACUCUUGCAACAAAGAAAUCGUAUUUGCCAGAGCCUGCUGUAACAGUUAUCUUGGAAUUGGCAGAAAAGAUGCAGGUGGGCCACUUAUUGAAUCACAUACUUGAAGCACCUGGACUUUCUGAUUGGUUUAAUGAUGCCGUGGAUGCUGGGAACCCAGAUGCUUUGCUUCUAGCUUUGAGGGUUCGGGAGAAAGUAUCUGUUGAUAGCUUAAAGUUUGGAAAAAUUCUGCCACAUCCAUUCAGCCCUGCCAGAUUCUUCUCCUCUGAUCAUUUGACUUUACUCACUCAGUGCUGGAAGAAUUCAACCUCCUGCCAGCCUCGAGUUCACAGCGUGUGGCCUGUUCUGGUAAAUAUGCUUUUGCCAGUAGUGAUAUCUCAGGCUGAAGAUGUGGUAUCGGCUUCUAAUUCUCUGAAGAAGAAUCGAAGAAACAGGAAGUCCAGUUCAACAGAUGAAGAAAUUGAAAAGAAUGUUAAAAACUUCUGUGAAGUUAUAUUUGAGUGUGCCCUCCUCCCAUCAUCUCAUGACCGUAAGCAUCUGGCAUUGGAUGUUCUGCUCCUCCUUCUUCCAAGACUACCUGCAUCUUUGGUCCCAGUUGUUCUCUCUUACAAACUUGUGCAAGGCCUCAUGGAUAUUCUUUCAACAAAAGAUAGCUGGCUUUUUAAGGUUGCACAGCAUUUUAUUAAAGAAUUAUCAGAUUGGGUUGGAGAUGAUGAUGUCAGAAGGGUUGCUGUCGUAGUUGCGUUACAGAAACACAGCAAUGGGAAAUUUGAUUUCAUAACAAAGACAAAAACAGUAAAAGCUUUGUUGUCGGGCUUCAAAACUGAGUCUGGUUGCAUGCUAUUCAUUCAAAAUUUGAUUAACUUGUUUGUGGAUGAGGGUAAUGAUUCAGAUGAACCUUCAGACCAGAGCCAGACAACUGAUGAUAAUUCAGAGAUGGGAUCACUAGAGGAUAAAGAUUCUGGUACCAUGGGAAGUUCUGAUUCCUUGAAAAGUUGGAUUGUAGAAUCGCUGCCAAGCAUCUUGAAAUUUUUGAAGUUGGAGCCUGAAGAAAAAUUUCAUGUCCAAAGAGAAAUCCUUAAGUUCCUUGCAGUUCAAGGUUUAUUCUCCCCAUCUCUUGGCUCUGAGGUCACAUCUUUUGAACUACAGGAGAAAUUUAGGUGGCCAAAGGCAGCAACGUCAAGUGCCAUUUGUAGAAUGAGCAUUGAGCAAAUGCAGUCAUUACUUGCAAGUGCUCAGAAGAUGGAGUUAUCCCCAGUUUUGCUGCAGAGCUCUGGAUCUAGUGAUCUCGGGUCAUUCUUCAUGCAGUUCCUCUCAACAUUGCACAGCAUACCUUCUGUUUCUUUAUUCCGGGUUUUAAGUGACGAGGAUGAGAAGGCUUACAAAAAGUUACAAGUAAUGGAAGCUAGUCUUUACAAACAGGAAAGAAAGGGCGGUCCUGAGGAUUUCAUGUACAAGUACCAUGCACUGAGGUACUUGUUGAUCCAGCUAUUGCUCCAAGUGCUUCUUCAUCCGGUGGAAUUUAGCGAACCUGUCUCUGAAGUUAUUAUAUGUUGCAAAAAAGCUUUUGGCCUCUCUGAUGUUCUUGACUUGGGGGAAGAUGAGUCUGAUAAUGAUAUUGAGUGGAUGGAUGUUCUUGUCGACACUUUGGUUUCACUGUUGCCUCAAUCAUCGGCUCCUAUCCGGUCUGCUGUUGAGGAGGUUUUCAAGUGUUUCUCCUACAAUGUUACACAUGAUGGAUUGUUGCAAAUGCUGCGCAUCAUCAAGAGAGACUUGAAGCCAGCUAGACAUCGGGAAACAGAUAGCGAUGAAGAAGAAGAUGAUGAUGAUCUUCUUGGCAUUGAAGAAGAUGAAGAUGAUGAAACUGAUGAAGCCCAAACAGUGGAAACAGGUGAGAGUGAAGAACAGACAGAUGACUCUGAGGCCGUAGUGGAAGCUGACAAAGAAUCACCUGAAGAUUCUGACGAGUCAGAUGAUGGAAUGGAUGAUGAUGCAAUGUUCAAGAUGGAUACAUACCUUGCCCAGAUUUUCAAAGAGAAAAAAAAUCAGGCCGGGGGUGAAACUGCUCAAUCACAGCUCGUCUUGUUCAAGCUUCGUGUUCUCUCAUUGCUGGAGAUUUACCUACAGACAAAUCCAGGUAAGCCCCACGUCUUGACAAUCUACUCGUACUUGGCUCGGGCGUUUGUUAACCCACAGACCACAGAAGUCAGUGAGCAGCUAGGACAGCGAAUAAGGGGAAUUUUGAAUAAGAAAAUAUUGAAGGCAAAGGAGUACCCGAAAGGGGAUGAUGUGGACAACGAAUUGCUUGCAACGCUGCUAGAAAGAAAUUUGAAGUUGGCGUCCAGACCAUUCAAGAAGAAGAAAUCUACUGCUUCUGCUGAUCAAUCCAAGAAAAAAGAGUCAGCUGCCAGGAAACGGCACAAAAUGCUGGCUUCCCUUGCACAAGAUUCAACAUUUUGGAUCCUGAAGGUGAUUGAUGCGAGCGCUUUUUCAGAGGAAGAACGCCAGAGUGUCUUUGAUGCGGUGAAGAAUAUGCUUACGGGAUACUUUGGCAGUAAAAAGUGCCCAAUAAAGUUGGGGUUUGUCAAAGAGAUAUUCCGAAGGAGACCGUGGAUUGCACACAACCUCUUUGAUUUCCUUGUAGACCAGUGCGGCAGCUCAAAACUGGAGUUCCGUCGAGUUGAAGCACUCGAACUUGUUGUAGAGGUUUUGAAAUCAAUGAUUUCAAGUACUGGUUCUGAUGGAAAGGCCGCAAAGAAGAUUCUGAAAACUCAAGUGAUUCAGAAGCUGAGUGGGCUGUUGAAGGAGCUAGUGACAAAUAUGCCAGAGAAACAGUCGAGGCAUGCUGAUGUGCGGAAAUUUUGUGGUAAGGUCUUCCAGACUAUAUCUGCCAAUAACCUGACCAAGUCGUUUCUGAAAGAAGUGGCGCCAGAAGUGCAAACCGCUUGCGAGUCCCAUCUGGGCGAGCUGUUCCUCAACUUCAAGAAUGGGAAGCAGCAACAAAAAGUCAAGGAUUCAGCUUGA